CUUUUAUUUUGACGAUGUUUCUUCCUGUAACGUCAGUCUUAUCGCUGGCUUCCUAUGCGCUCAGUUUUGGUAAUGUUUUGCUAACUUUGAGGCGAACCAGCAUUAGAAACUGUAAUUUUGUCUUGACAGUGAAUUGUUUUGGUUGAUGUAAUGCUCCUCAGAGCACAGAUGUGAUGUCUGCCUCUACAGUCAUUGAGGAGGUGGAGGAUGAUGUGGAGUUUGUGUCUGAGGGCCCUCUCAGACCAGUGCUGGAAUGCAUAGACCUGCUGAGUGACGGAGAGGAUGAAGGAGGCUUGAACGCUGCAGACACCAUCGAGGAUCAGGUUGACCGACAGCGGGCUCAUGCUGUGUCCACGCUGGACAGACUGGCCCGUCAGGUUGCUGUGGAGAAACAGGAGAGGGCUGAAAAGUGCAAAGCUUUCAAGGAGAAGAUUAUUUCACAGCAAGCACAUGGGCGACACGAGCUGUCGGUCAGCCGGAGUAAUAAUGACAGAGAUGAUGCCAAGCGUUGUGUGGACAUUUGGCUAAAAAUGCCAGGAUUACAGCCAGGCUCCAUCAACUCCUGCUCACUGUGGAGACGCAGAUCGGCUCCUGCUGCGGCACGCUUCUCCCCGCAGACCUGCCCGGUCAUCAACUGCGGCAGAGUCUACGACAAUGUGCCUUUGCUUGAGGGGCAUCUUAAACGCUUUGAUCAUUCACCGUGUGACCCCACUAUCACCCUGAAAGGCAACCCUUCUUCCAUCUACGCCUGUGUGGCCUGUGGACGCCACUUUAGCUCUAAAGAGUCGUGGAGGGACCAUCUGGAGACUAAGGUGUCCUCCUCCGACGCAAAUGGUCACAGUCGUUCCCAGACCUAUCAGCUGAUUGUAUGCUUUGCAUGUCCUGCCUGUUACCUCCUCUUCAACAUCAAGGACGAAUGCCUUCAGCACAUGUCUGCAAAAAACCACUUCACUCAGUCCAUCUCUCUCUGUGAAGCAAAACCAUCAGCCGCGCCCGUGCCAGUUCCACGGUACGCGAAGAACCGCUUGAUCGCUCUCUGUAAGGAUAUCAGCUUCAACGUCAAGUGCACAGCCUGCUCUAAGGUGCUUGCCUCGCAUAUGGAGGCCAGAGCACACUUCAAUGUGCACUGCAGACAUGGCUGCGCUAUUGCCACUGCUGAUCAAAGCGUGGCUGACAUCAUGAGGAAGAUGGCGGUCAUGGGUCAGUGCUCCUCAUGCCUCAAACCUUUUCUUAGCGUGGGUCAGAUGGAGGAGCACAAAGAGCAGAUGAAACAUGAGGUGGAGAGGGUCGACAGCAUGGCCUGGGCCCUUCUUUACUACAGCAACUACUGUGAAAUCCGAAACGCUCAGAAAGGCACGGCGCGUGGGGCCAAAGAGAAUCCGAACGAUUCACAUGGGCCUUUAGCCAAGCGAAAAAGACUGGCUAGCUUAGAUUCCCAAGUCAAGUCAGGAAAACGGUUCCAGCUCGCCUGGUUCUGUGAAUGCGGUCUACGCUUCACAGAGGAGGAUAGUGCAAGAAAGCACCUCCUAGCGGCAAACCAGAUCUUUCACAAAUGUGCGGUCUGUGGAAAGUUAAUGGGAGAAUCGUCCAUAACGCGCUUGCAUAUGAGCCGUUUCCACGGUGGCGCGCAUUUGUCCAACUUCCUUUUCCACUGCAGGCAGUGCAAGGUGGAAAUGCCAAGGAUGGAAGACAUCAUGGCCCAUAUUGGUGUGAGCCACAGAGGGCACAACUACUACCAAGAAAGAGAAGACACCGUAGAUGACCGUGUCUCCUCUAGUAUGUCCCCCAAACCGUCCACCAGUGCGGAAGCCAAAAUGCUCAGGCCAGCCAGUUCCUCUUGUGUCUCGCCUCCGAAAGCCGAGUCUUGGCUCUGUCGGAUGUGUGAAGACCUCUUCGACUCUGAAGCAGCAGUGCGGACACACUGCAGCGAUUUAAGCAGCCACAGUUUCCAGAGGUUUGCCUGUGGCCACUGUCCGCAGAAGUUUUUCAAAGAGUCCACCCUGCGGCGCCAUUGUGCCAACGAGCACGGUGGCGACAUCGUCCUCCGCUACUUCUGUGGACUCUGCGAAAGCAUGCUGUACGACACCGAGAACGAGUUUCAGGAGCAUUACAACAGUCUGCACAGCCAAGAUUAUUACUGCUUGGAAAAUGCUCAGAAUACUUCCCAGGCAGCCACGGAAAACGCUGUUGAGAGUCCCAUAGCGAGUACAAGCCAUUCCCAACCUUGUCCUUGCAUGGGCUCUGAGAAAUCCAAAGAGGAAAGGAAACCCAUUUUCACAAAGUGCAUGAAACAGUUGGCUGCUGAAAACAAAUGCAGCUACUGCUGCCGCCAGUGCGACAAGAACACGCCUGCCUACGCGGAGAUGAAGACGCAUAUCCUUCUUCAACACAAGACCGAGGGCAGUGAGAAAAGUUUUGAUGUUCUGUGCACCAUUUGCUCACAGAGCCACAAAGAUGUACCUAGUUUCCAUUCACACUACCAUAAGCAUCACUGCCCGGCAGAGCCUUGCGCUUGUUCCCGACCCAACGGCACAGACGAGAAACAAGCCCCCACCGGCAACAUCAUAAAUGCAGAGGAGAUCUUCCCUCAGAGUAAUGUGGAGGAGUUUCAAGAUGUAAAGAAUGCCAUUACCUCAAGUGUUCUUGGUGUUAAAAAAGAGGUGUGCGUUUCGCAAGAUAUUGAAGAUGAAGAUACAUUUGAUCAUGACAUGAAACUGGCUUUGGCCUUGAGUGCGGAGGAGGCCAUGAAAUCAAAGGAGUUGGAUAUUGCUUUGCAUGCAUGAAGAGUAUUAUCAUUGUGGAGAUGGAAGAAGCCUUGAAAAGAAGCUUACAGGAGUUUUGAUAAGAGAAGAGACACGGUUCUGUUUUCCCAUGUCGUCCAUGCACUGUAGUCAUUAAACAUGUAUUUCUUUUCUUUCUGUGUUUUUCUUUUAAGUUUAAAUAAAGGAAAGUAAUUAAAAUGGC